AUGUCUCAAGUAACGGAAAUAGAUAGUUUGUAUAUCUUAGAAGAUGAAAUUAAAGAGAUUGUAAUAAAAUUAAAAAAUUUACAAACUCGAAUUAGAUUAAGAUUAAAUGAUCAGACUUCAGAAUAUGACAGUAUCCAUCAAGUUUCUUUGAUUCGAGAGUUAUGCAAUAUUCGCAAUAUAGUAAAAUCGUUAAGUGAUGAUGUAUUGAACAAUCAAUUGUCUGAACCUUCUCUUGCUGUAAGUCAUAUAUGGCAUAUAAUCGAAUUGUAUUCCAAUUCAUCAGAGACUGUUACCGAAGGUAUGCAUGUAUUAGAACGUUUAUUUAAAUUAAAAAUGCGUUCAAUGAUUAAACCAACAAAUUAUCUAAAUACGAUUAUUGCUUAUGUUCAAUGGCAAAAUAAAACUGUUCGAUGUUUUGUUGAUCAAUUUAAUGAAAAACCAGAAAAUAUCAGACUUAAUGAAAUUGAACAUUUAUGGAACUGGAAUUAUCGAGUAAAUGAAGGAAUAUUUUUUGGUGGAGCUACUCGUCCACUACAUGUAAAAAAAGUUACAGAAUUUUCAGCAUUAAUGAGUAUUUAUUAUGAUACAUUAUGGCCUAUUUAUAAAGAAAAUCGUAAUGCAUUAUUUGACACUCUUACAACAUUAUUACAUCAAGAAAGUAGAUUAUAUUGGCCUGAUUAUGAAAUAUUUCCAUGUACGACCUCGAAUACAAUUCUAGAUAAAUGUUUACAAUAUUUCUUUUUCAAAGAUCGUAAAAAUACAUGGUUUAUUAAUAGUAGUUCAUCCGAUUAUAUACCAUUUGUAAGUUUAGCUCGAGAAAUAUUUGCUGAGAAAUUUAAUGGAUCUAAUAUGAAUUAUCCUGAUCAACAUAAUACAAAAUGGAUUUUAGAAAAUCUUAAACAACGUUGUUUAAAUAUUUAUAAUCAACAAAAAAAUGAAAAUAAUCCUAUUAUAAUUAUUCUUCUUACAUCAAAAAAUCGUUUUGGUCAUCGAAUAGAUGUUGAUUUUAUUCAUUUAGAACUUAGUAAACGAUUUUCAACCAUUGUUACAAUUGUAGAUGCAUGUCAAGAUGGACAAGCUUUUACAGAUGUUGAUAUUGUUAUUUAUACUAAACGUUUUACAUCAACAGGAGCAAUUGGAUUAGUUAAUAGAACAUUUUUAGCUAAACAUGAAUUAUUAUGUAAAAAAUUAAUGAUUGGUACAAAUCUUCCUAUUGGAAUCUUAGCUCAAAUAUAUAUUAGUAUUAAUAUGAUAAAUACAGGUCUUGCACACGGUAUAGAAGAUCUUGUUAAUUCUUCUCGAUGGCACUCUUGGCGAUGUCCAAUUCAAGAUGAAUUACACUCGACUAUUGAUUAUCCAUAUAUACAUCAAAACACUGUUGAACAUUUAAAAGAUCCUAUACGAUAUUUAUUUACAGAAGAUCUUAUUGGAACUAUUCUGAUAUUGACUAUGGAUCAACAUGGACAAAUAUUAUUACCAAAAUUGUGGGCAUUACUUACAAAACAAGGUCAUUCAUUGGAUUGUUUUGUGAUGGAUAAUCCAUAUUUUAAAAAUAAUAAUGCUGUGCAUAGCAAUAAAGUACGCGAAUUGAUUGCAGGAAAAUUUAUUAAUGAAUUAAGACAAUUAGAAAUAAUUUCAAGUGAUUAUUUAGCAUGGCCAUUGGUACCGUAUUGGGUUUCAUCACCAGAUGAUAUAUCAAUUGAACAACUUAAUGAACAUUUUGAAAUAUGUUAUGUUUAUCAUUGUUGUUUACGUAUUUCAAUUGAUCGUUGUGAAUAUCCUGGAAAAUUAAAACGUUUUGUUGAACAUAUUGAUAAUAUUUUUCAGAGAAAUGAACUCAAUGUAUCCGAUGAUACUCUCGGUAAACAUUCAUCUCAAUGGCCGUCGUAA